AAAAUAUUGUCAGUCAAAUUUUCUGUCAUCUUCGUUGCUUUUGCAUACAUUUUUUCACAAUAUUUUCCGUGUUUCUGGAAAAAAGAAGAGAUUUCCUUGGUUGAUUAUUAGCAAUGCUCUUGUGUGUUCUUAAAAGUAGCACUGCUGCUUGUGAUUAGCUUGUACAAUUUUGGUUUUUGUUGUUAUUUUGUGCACCAAUGGUGAUAACAUUUCUGCUGAUAUUGCAAUGUCGUUUUAUCUUUCUGAGAGUGUUUAGUGACACCUUAAAAACUAUUUUGAUUUGAGCAAAUACAUUACACUGCGAGAUUUAAGAUUGUAGAUACAGUAUGACCCUAAUAGAGGGGAUCGGGGAUGAAGUGAUCCAGUUCGUGGGCGUGUUGCUGGUGGCAACGGUGGCCACGCUGGCCUGGUUGUCCACCAACGCUCGGCCCGGCCGGUACCGAACUGUGGUCGUAAUGCGACCCAGGCCACAUCAUCCUGUCACAGUUAGCUUCCGAACCAGGGCUAGCUUCAUGAUCGCUAACACUCCGGUUAGCAUUUCUCAACAAGCCUCAACAGCAGAAACUAUUGUGACCCCGGGGGCGAUCGAGGACUCUAGAGACGCUUCUCGGGUGAUACCUCUGCAAGAGAUGGACAGCAUCAUUGAUGCAGACAUGGCCAUGAUGAACAAUAACCGCUUGCACUUCUAUAGGAGACUGGAUGCUGCUCUCGUGAACCCGGGGAAUGUGCCAGCUAUAUCUGAUUCAGCAAGUGAAGACAGCGAGACCCAAGAGGAGAGCGAGCCAGCCAGCAACGAUCAGAUCCGCGAGAUGGACAGCAUUGUCAACGCCAUGGAGGCUGACGUCACCGCUCGUUGUGACUUCUUCACCCGCCCGAACGAAACUAACCCUGCAGUAACAGCUGGUGCCAAAUCUGGUAAAGAUGAAAACGCCUCGUCGACCGCGUCCAAUGGAAACCCCGGAGAAGCUUGUAACAAUGGGAGUGAGAGCCAAAACGCAGGCGCCGACGCUUUGAAAAAGAUGGAAUUGGAGAAGAAUAUGAUUAUAAUUAAAUUGAAAUACCUUAACGACACGAUCAAAGAAGUUAAGGGCAGUUUGGAUGAGCUGCUUAAGGAUUUUAAAUUGCGUCACUUCUCAACCGAGCUACGGGCGGAAAGCCGGGUGCGCCUGAUCUUCAACGGGCGCGUGCUGACGGACGACGCGGCCACGCUGCGCGCCUGCGGCCUGCAGGACCGCGCCGUCGUGCACUGCCUCGUGCACCCCAAGCGCGCCGCCGCCCCGCGGGUAGACGACGACAAUGCAACUCCGGGAACUGAAGCGACUACAGGAGGCGGGGUCGAGGGGGCGGCGCCCGAGCGCUCCUGGGACCUGGAGAACAUACUAAUGACUCUCGUCUCCAUCGCACUCACCGUCGUGUGGUUCUUCAGAUGCGAAUAUUCGAACAUGUUCACAGCGAGCGCGAGCGUAGCGUUGUUCGGCCUAACAGUAUUCUACAGCGUCGCGAUAUUCGGCCUCUACCUCUCAGACACAUUCCACUUCGACCGGAGGCCUGCGCCGGCGCAGCCUAUACCUACCAACUAAGUUUCAACCUAAACCCUAAGUCAUAACGUACAUUAUCGCGAAAUACAGGCGUGCUUGCUAAAGCAUUUGAGAUUCCCCUAGAUUCGUAACGUAUGUGCAUAAACAGGGUGCGUUUUUAAAAUAGCGAUCAGUACAGCCCGUAUCAUGAGAACGAACUUCACCGAAUGAUUUUCAACUUAACAAUGUUAUCGUAUGUAACGUUACAAUUGUUAGAAUUUCCUUUCUUCUGUUCUCAUCAUUAUAGUUUAGAUGUUCUUUUUACUAUACUAGUCCGUGUGCUGUAUUCUAUUUCGAAAUGACCCAAUCGAAGAUCUGCCGCGCAACAAAACAUAGAUGUUAGCGUUAUAAAGUGGAAUAAGAUAUUGAUCCGUUUUGAAUAAAGGAAUUUGAUUAUUAACAUUUACUAAGCUAAUUUAUAAAAAUCAUUAAUAUUGAAUGUUAGUCUUCGACAGAAAUUACAUAAUAGAAAGUUAAGCAGUGAAAUUGGAUGUAUGUACUUAGUGGGGAUAAAUUUUUCAAGUAUGCUGUGAUUUAUUAAUUGGUUUUGUAAGUAAUUUUUAGAAUUGUUUAACAAAUUACUAUUUUGUCUAUGUUGAACAUGACAGCAAUGCAAAGUUGCUGUUGGCUUUUCGUGUUUAGUUAAGUACAUUUUUAUAUUUAUAGCAAAUCUUGCUUAUUAUUGUAUAUUUUUAACUAGUAGCUUGCACAAACGAAAAAUUGCGAGACAUUCAUAGUUAGCCGUCCAAAUUUUCCAGAUGUA